AGAGAUCAUCAGUCUCACUAGAGUGUUCCGCACAGAAGGAGGGUACGGGUGUGUUUCGAGAAUGUUUUCCAAACUCUUAUCGCUGGGCCUGUGUCUGGGUCUGGGGCUCAUCGCGCUAUGUGCGCAGUUGGCCACCGCCCGUCCCCAGAAUCCCUACUACGUGGAGAGCUCGCGCAGCGGCGAGGGCGGCUACGGACAGUCCUCAAGGCAUCAGCAUCACAGUCAUGGGCGAGGCCAUGGAUCUGGCCCGGGAUUCUCUGGCGGAUAUGGUCCUCCACAGCAGCCCGGGUUUGGUGGGAGGUUCCCACAACCAUCGCCCCACUACGAUCCCUAUAACCAACAGCCUGGCAGUCCCUUCCGCGGACAGCAGCCUGGGGGCUUCCGUCCCCACCCCGGACAGGGAGGCCGACAUCGUGGUGGAGAUUUCCACAGAGGACAAAAUGGAUACCAACAGCCAGGAGGAUACCAGCCAGGACAAGGUCAAGGAGGAUUCCAGCAGCCAGGUGAAGGAGGUUUCCAGCAGCCAGGACAAGGCCAGGGAGGAUUCCAGCAGCCAGGACAAGGUCAGGGAGGAUUCCAGCAGCCAGGGCAAGGUCAAGGUGGAUUCCAGCAGCCAGGACAAGGUCAAGGAGGAUUCCAGCCGCCAGGACAAGGUCAGGGAGGAUUCCAGCAGCCAGGGCAAGGUCAGGGAGGAUUCCAGCAGCCAGGACAAGGUCAAGGAGGAUUCCAGCAGCCAGGACAAGGUCAAGGAGGAUUCCAGCAGCCAGGACAAGGUCAAGGAGGAUUCCAGCAGCCAGGACAAGGCCAGGGAGGUUUUCAGGAGCCAGGUCAAGGUCGAGGAGGAUUCCAGCGGCCAGGUGAAGGAGGAUUCCGUCAGCCGGUGGCAAAACAACCAGACAGUCCUGGAAAUUCUCAUCCAGAUCAAGAUGAGGGCUUUCAGAAGCCGCAGCCAGGAAGUGGAGGGAAUCCCAUCCAGCCUCGUCCAGGCACUGACGGCGAGGAUUUCUCCCAGUUUCACUUCCAGACACCCAACACGGUACAGCCCCGACCAGGUCAAGGUCAAGAGCAGUCCGGGCAUGGGGGCAGCACCAUCCAGCCGAGACCAGGAGGUGGCUCUUCCCCGACUGAUGAUGGCGAUGCUUUGAAGGAUAUUUUCAACACUCACGACUUCCUGUCGCCCAGCCUGAAUCAAGGCGGAGGCCACAGGGAUCCCAAGUCGGAGACCGAGGAUGCCGUACCGUCAUCCGUUAACCAGCGCAAUCUCUUCAAUACGGAUCCCAUUUGCACGGACGGAACCGUUCUCAUGGCGGGACGUUGUCGCAAAGCGGCCUAGGGCAACGGCAACGGCAACAUGGGAGCUAUCAUGACUGGUCGUUUUGUAUGUCAACAUCUAUUUUCAUAAAUGCAUCAUACAGUUGUCUUUUUUAACAAUAAAAUUGGCUUUAUUCUGAGUAAUCGAAAUUG